UUGGCGCAACGGAAGAGGCAGCCGGCGGAGGGUGCGCCUCUUCUCCGGCUGGACUGCCGCGGAGGAGGCGAGGAGGAGGCCGGCGCUGGGGAACUGGCUCGGGCGGCAGCGGUGGCUGCUGCGGAUGGGAGCGGGCCGGCUCGGUGCGCCCAUGGAGCGCCACGGCAGGGCCUCCGCCACCUCCUCCUCGUCAGCUGGGAACCCGGCGCCCGGGGGCCCCGAAGGGCGGCGGCGGGAGCCACUGCGGCGCCGAGCGAGCAGUGCGUCGGCGCCAGUGGUCGACGCCUCGGCAGAGGGUGUGAGGCGGGAACGACCUGGCUCCUACAGCGGCCCCACCUCGCUCUCCCGCCAGCGCGUCGAAAACCUCAGGAAAAAACGGCCGCUUUUUCCAUGGUUUGGCUUGGAUAUUGGUGGAACCCUGGUCAAGUUGGUUUAUUUUGAACCCAAGGACAUCACUGCUGAAGAAGAAGAGGAAGAAGUAGAAAGUCUUAAAAGCAUCCGGAAGUACCUGACCUCCAAUGUGGCUUAUGGGUCCACGGGCAUUCGGGAUGUUCACCUCGAGCUGAAGGACCUAACUCUGUGUGGACGCAAAGGCAAUCUGCACUUUAUACGCUUUCCCACUCAUGACAUGCCAGCUUUUAUACAAAUGGGCAGAGAUAAAAACUUCUCAAGUCUCCACACUGUCUUUUGUGCCACUGGAGGUGGAGCGUACAAAUUUGAGCAGGAUUUUCUCACAAUAGGUGAUCUUCAGCUUUGCAAACUGGAUGAACUAGAUUGCUUAAUAAAAGGAAUUUUAUACAUUGACUCAGUUGGAUUCAAUGGACGGUCACAAUGCUAUUAUUUUGAAAACCCUGCUGACUCUGAGAAAUGUCAGAAGUUACCAUUUGAUUUGAAAAAUCCAUACCCUCUGCUUCUGGUGAACAUUGGCUCAGGGGUUAGCAUCUUAGCAGUAUAUUCCAAAGAUAAUUACAAGCGGGUCACAGGUACCAGUCUUGGAGGAGGAACUUUUUUUGGUCUCUGCUGUCUUCUUACUGGCUGUACCACUUUUGAAGAAGCUCUUGAAAUGGCAUCUCGUGGAGAUAGCACCAAAGUGGAUAAACUAGUGCGAGACAUUUACGGAGGGGACUAUGAGAGGUUUGGACUGCCAGGCUGGGCUGUGGCUUCGAGCUUUGGAAACAUGAUGAGCAAGGAGAAGCGAGAGGCUGUCACUAAAGAGGACCUCGCCAGAGCGACUUUGAUCACCAUCACCAACAACAUUGGCUCAAUAGCAAGAAUGUGUGCCCUUAACGAAGUAAGGGGACAUGGAUUUCUUUAUUUGCUGUGUGGAAAAUACUGAACUUAUAAAUGGGCCCCACCUUGACAUAAUAUGAUGUCUGUCUUCUCAGAACGGUGCCUAAAUGUAGUAAGGUGGGGUGGAAUUUGUUUUCAUGCAAAGUUAAAAUUCUUCAAACGCAGAUUAAUCUGCAUUGGUUUCUUUUUUUUCUUCUCGCUUACUGAAGAUAAACACUGCUCUUGUCUCUAGAGGGUAAAAUGAUACCUUUUGUGGAGAAAGUAGGGGAAUGGAGGAAAAACGUAGUCAGUGUUCUAGUUAAUGAGGACUUUUGGCAUUAAUGAUGGAUGAUGAUGCUGAGUCUAGACUCCACACUUCAUCGUUGAGCUCUAGAGACCCUGAGAAGGAAUCCAGAGGAAGUCAUUGAAGCUGGGAGAAGACUGAGUGGCUGAGGAAUGCCCACCCUUCACCUCUG